GAGCCUCAGCAGUGCUCAGUAAAAGACAGAUAGAGAGUCAGGCGGCUGCAAGGGGUGGCAGUACGACCCUCUUUUGGGGGGGUCUGAUUAUAACAAAAUAUAUACACACAUAUAUGCAUGCCCGGGCCGCUAGCUAGCUCAUAUGACGACAACUGGUCUUUUUAGUAAGCAUAUAGCUUAAUAUCUAUACAUUUAAAAUGCCUAUCUUACUUUUCCUGAUAGACACGUCCGCCUCUAUGAAUCAGCGCACUUAUUUGGGUACGACGUAUCUGGACAUUGCUAAAGGCGCGGUUGAGAUCUUUAUGAAGCUGCGUGCCCGAGACCCGGCUAGUAGAGGCGACAGGUACAUGCUAGUUACAUUUGAUGAUCCACCAUACGGAGUUAAGGCGGGAUGGCGAGAGAACCACGCUACGUUCAUGAGCGAGCUGAAGAACCUGCAGGCGUCGGGGCUGACAACGAUGGGCACGGCACUGCGCUCGGCCUUCGACCUGCUCAAUCUCAACCGGCUCGCCUCGGGCAUCGACAACUAUGGACAGGGUCGGAAUCCCUUCUUCCUGGAGCCAGCGGUGAUCAUCACAAUCACAGACGGGAAUAAGCUGACGCACAGCUCAGGUGUAUCUGAUGAGCUGCACCUCCCUCUGAACUCGCCGUUGCCGGGCAGCGAGCUGACCAAGGAGCCGUUCCGCUGGGACCAGCGCCUCUUCGCCCUGGUGCUGCGGCUACCGGGCGCCUCCAUGCCCGAGAGCGAACAGAUGGGCAGCGUACCCACCGACGAGUCCGCCAUCACGCAGAUGUGCGAAGUUACCGGAGGCCGGUCCUAUUGUGUGCGUACCCAGCGGAUGUUGAACCAGUGCCUGGAGUCCCUCGUGCAGAAGGUGCUGAGUGGGGUGGUCAUCAACUUCGAGAAGACUGGGCCCGACCCCCCAGCUAUAGGGGAAGACGGCCUGGUUGAUCCGAGUCGGUCGGUGUCGUCAUUCAGUCCUCAGCCGUGGCACAGCUGUCAUAAGCUGAUCUACGUGCGGCCGAACCCCAAGACGGGGGUCCCUGUGGGCCACUGGCCCAUCCCAGAGUCCUUCUGGCCCGACCAGAACUCUCCCACCCUGCCUCCUCGUUCUGCCCACCCGGUGGUGCGUUUCUCGUGUAUUGACUGCGACCCCAUGGUGAUCGACAAGCUGCCCUUCGACAAAUACGAGCUGGAGCCCUCGCCACUCACACAGUACAUACUGGAGCGGAAAUCACCGCACAUGUGCUGGCAGGUGUUUGUGAACUGCAGUGGGAAGCACAGUGAGCUGGCUCACCCGUUUGGCUACCUGAAGGCCAGCACCACGCUGACCUGUGUCAACCUCUUUGUCAUGCCCUACAACUACCCCGUGCUCCUGCCUCUGCUAGACGACCUGUUUAAAGUGCACAAGCUGAAGCCAAACCUGAAGUGGCGACAGGCCUUUGACAUCUACCUGAAGUCCAUGCCUCCAUACUUCCUAUUGCCCCUGAAGAAGGCACUGCGGAUGAUGGGAGCGCCCAACCUGAUAUCAGACAACAUGGACUGCGGCCUGAGCUACAGCGUCAUAUCCUACCUGAAGAAGCUCAGCCAACAGGCCAAGAUCGAGUCGGACCGUCUGAUCGCGUCGGUGGGCAAGAAGCCUCCGCAGGAGACGGGCAUCAAGGUGAAGAACCACUCGAGCGCCCUCUCGCUGGCGCACCGCCGCGACUUCAAGCAGCUGCUGCAGGGCAUCACGGGCGAGAUGCCCCUCCGCCUCGCAGACAUCAACUUCAAGGAGUUCGCCGGCUUCCAAAUCGCACUGCUCAAUAAGGACCUGAAGCCCCAGGCCUAUCGGAAUGCCUACGACAUUCCGCGACGGAACCUCCUGGAUCAGGUGACCCGCAUGCGUUCCAACCUCCUGAGGACGACGCAGAAGCUCAUAAGAGGACAAGAUGAAGACUAUCUCCACAGUAUCCCUGUGGGCCAGAUGGGUAACUACCAGGAGUACCUGAAGAUGAUGCCGUCUCCCCUGCGGGAGAUCGACCCCGACCAGCCCAAACGCCUCCACACCUUCGGCAACCCCUUCAAGCAGGACAAGAAGGGGAUGAUGAUCGACGAGGCCGACGAGUUUGUGACGGGCCCCCAGAACAAGAAGCGGGGCAACUCGGGGGACCCCAACUCGGGCACGGCCCCCAAGCGGCGGAGGAGCAUGUCUCCGCUGCUGCGACGGCCCCAGACGCCCCCCAUCAUCACCAACCACGUGGUGGGCAAAGGAGCCGCCGGGGGCCCCGGGCAGCAGGGCCUCAUCAAGCCCAUCCCACUGCUCAAAGGAGUGGAGGGUAACAGCGUCCUCAGCACCGAGAGCAACGGCGACCGAGGGCCCGGGCCCGAGCCGGGCGAGGGCUGGCCCGGAGGAGUAGUGGUUGACGGCACUGGCCCCGCCUCCGGCCUAUCAUUGGACGACAGGGGAAGCCUGGUAUUGAGUGACGGCGGCGAGGAGCGCCUGGGAGGAGGAGUGACAGGCGUCAUCGUCGUGGCGGACGGCGAGCGAGGAGAACUCGGAGAGGACGGCCUGGACGAGCGGCCGCCGUCGGAGCGCGUGCAGAACUGCGAGGGCAUGAGUCCCCCGAGCGAUGAUGGGGUGAUUUUGGACGGCGUGGCGGAGGGCGAAGAAGGCAUCAUCGCGGCCGUCGGGGGGCCGGGCACCGUCAUCAUGAUCCCGCUGGAUGGGAGCAACGCCGAGCUGCGCACGCGCGUCAUCAAGGAGGUCCGCAAGCCUGGGCGCAACUAUGACACCAUCUUCCGGCUGCUAGAGGAGGUGAAGGGCCCGGUGUCGGUGCAGAGGUACUUCAUCCACCACGCCAUCAAGGAAGCAGCCAGGUUUAAGAAGCGCGUCCUGAUCCAGCAGCUGGAGACGGCCCUGGAGGAGAUGGAGGAGAGGCAGUCGCUAGGGGAACCCCAGAGGGUCAACAACAUCCACGGCAGAUAGUCCCAUGCCAUGCCACCCGCCACGCGAACCACCAUCAGCGCAAAGGCAGCAGCAGCAGCAGCAGCAGCAUCCCACUCCCAUGGCAGAUGGUGUUGCCCCCAAGGGGUCAUCAACAACAACAAACAAACAUGGCAGAUGGAGUCACCUUUGACCUCUCUCUAGGAAAGUGGAGGCAGAGACAGACAAGAGACACACGCUCAAAGACACACACACACACACACACACACACACACACACACACACACACACACACACACACACACACACACGGCAUAAGAUGGAGAAGCUGGAAAGCAAGGGGCCACAGUGACACGCACACACACACACACACAAACACACACACGCACACACACACACACACACACACAGACACACACACACACACACACCAUCAUCUGACCCUAAUGAGGAAGAAAGACUGACCAAUCAGCAUCUCCCUCAGGCCUCAAACUCCACCCCUUGAUUGGAGAGGGGUAGGCAUGGGAUACGGAAAAACACAGAGGAUAAAAGGAUACUGGAUCUGUUUUUCUUUUUUUCUGUUCUUUUCUUUUCUUUCUGUCUUUUUUUGUACACACAGGGGGUCACAAGUCACACUAGUUUGAAUGUUCUGUUUUUUGUAAAGAAGGUUGGGGAAAGGAGGGGUGGGACGUAGAGAGUGG